ACGAGAUCAAGUCGGUCGGUAGUAAUUAAGUUCAAUCGAGCUAGCUGAGCCAUGGUGUCCGGCGAUGGCGGCGGCCGAGUGCCGUCGACGCAGUUCGCGAAGCACGUCGUGGGAGGGCGGUGGUUCAUGUUCUUCGCGUCCAUCCUGAUCAUGGCUGCGGCGGGCGGCACCUACAUCUUCGCCAUCUACUCCAAGGCCAUCAAGUCGUCGCUGGGCUACGACCAGCAGACGCUCAACACGCUCAGCUUCUUCAAGGACGUGGGCGCCAACGUCGGCAUCCUCCCGGGCCUCAUCAACGAGGUCACCCCGCCGUGGGUCGUCCUCGCCUGCGGCGCCGCCAUGAACCUCGUCGGCUACCUCAUGAUCUACCUCUCCAUCACCGGCCGCACCGCGCGCCCGGCCGUCUGGCUCAUGUGCGUCUACAUCGCCGUCGGCGCCAACUCCCAGUCCUUCGCCAACACCGGCGCCCUCGUCACCGCCGUCAAGAACUUCCCCGAGGACCGCGGCGUCGUGCUGGGGCUCCUCAAGGGCUUCGUCGGCCUCAGCGGCGCCAUCUUCACGCAGCUCUACCGCGCCAUCUACGGCACCGACAACGACGGCGCCGACCUCGUGCUGCUCAUGGCCUGGCUGCCCGCCGCCAUAUCUCUGGUCUUCAUCCCCACCAUCCGCAUCAUGCCGCGCGGCGCCGCCGUCGCCACCGCCGCGAGCAGCAGCCGGGAGCGCAAGGCCUUCUUCUACUUCCUCUACGCCUCCAUCGUGCUCGCCGUAUACCUCCUCGUCAUGAACGUGGUGGAGCUGGAGGUGCUCGGGUUCCCCAGGCCCGCCUACUACGUCACCGCCACCGUGCUCCUCCUCCUCAUCUUCUUCCCCAUCGUCAUCGUCGUCCAGCAGGAGCUUAAAACCUACCUGCAACCGCCACUGCCGACCCAGUCCCAGUCCCAGUCCGUCGUCCCGACGACCACCACCGUCGUCAACGAGGCCGACUCGCCGUCCGCAGGCACGGUGAAGCCGGCGACAACGUGCUUCCAGGACGUGUUCCGGCCGCCGGCGAGGGGGGAGGACUACACGAUCCUGCAGGCGCUCUUCAGCAUGGACAUGCUCGUGCUGUUCGUGGCCACCAUCUGCGGCGUGGGCGGCACGCUGACGGCCAUCGACAACCUGAACCAGAUCGGGCAGUCCCUCGGGUACCCGCAGCGCAGCGUCGGCACCUUCGUCUCCCUGGUCAGCAUCUGGAACUACGCGGGGCGCGUGGUGGCCGGCUUCGCGUCGGAGCACUUGCUGGCCCGCUACAAGGUGCCACGCCCGCUCGUCCUCGCCGCGGUGCUCCUCCUCGCAUGCGCGGGGCACCUUCUCAUCGCCGUCGGCGUGAGCAACGGGCUCUACGCGGCGUCGGUCAUCCUCGGCUUCUGCUUCGGGGCGCAGUGGCCGCUGCUCUUCGCCAUCAUCUCCGAGGUGUUCGGGCUCAAGUACUACUCCACGCUCUACAACUUCGGCGCCGUCGCCAGCCCCGUCGGCUCCUACAUCCUCAACGUGCGCAUCGCCGGCCGGCGAUACGACGAGGAGGCGCUCCGGCAGGGAGGCCAGGGGGGCACCUGCAUCGGGGUGCGCUGCUUCAGGGACUCCUUCUACAUCAUCGCCGGCGUCACGCUGCUGGGCGCCCUCGUAUCGCUGCUGCUGGCGUGGAGGACCAGGAACUUCUACAGGGGCGACCUCUACGGCAAGUUCAAGGCCGAGGCGGUGGCCAUGGGCCCUCUUGUCCCUGCCGGCGAGGAGCGGCCGGAAGAUGCCACCGCCAAUGGUGCUGCUACCUCCAGCACCACCGAUGCCGUCACCACCAAUGGCAGCAAGAUUGGUUCAGCUGACUAACCAAAGAGAGUAAUCGAUGGAUCGGAAUCAUAUAGAUGGAUGCGAAAGUUACACGUGAUUCAAAAAUCCAUUUCUGAACCGAGGCUCAUCUGCACCCUUGCUGAGUAAAAAAAUCAAAACAGGAGUACUAAACAAAUUCAAAAAAUUCCAAAUCUGCA